AUGAGCAAGCCAUGGAAGAAACGCAAGGAGCUGGAUGAACAUCGCUACUGGAACCACACAGGCGAGCAAGAUAAGCAUUUCUUCAAGGUUAUGAUUGGCGACUUCCAUGAGAGAAUGGUCAUACCAGAUAGGUUUGUCCAACAUUUCAGGGGGCAAACAGGACGAACUAUUAAGCUAGCAUCACGCCAUGGUUACACUUUUGAUGUUCAGAUUACCAAGAAUUUGGAGAAACUAGUCCUUGAUUCGGGAUGGAAGGCGUUUGCUCGUGCCCAUAACUUGAGAACGGGGGACUUUCUUGUGUUCAAGUAUGAUGGCCACUCUCAACUGAAGGUUUUGAUCUUUGGGCCGAGCGGUUGCGAGAAAAUUCAAGCGUGCAAUCUCAAGAAAAAUGCUGCUCCUGGUAAAGACUGGUUAGCAACCCCAGUAAACUCUUAUCGCUACGCCUUUCAUGAAAUAUCAAGAAAAUAUGCUGAAGUAUACCUUCCAUUUGAGGAACAAAUGCUGACCCUUCAGCAUCAUGGCAAGAAGUGGGAGGUGCGGUGUCGUGUUAAGAAAAGCAAAGCCAAAAGGCUUUUGAGAGGGUGGAAGCAUUUUGCGCGUGACAACAACUUGCAGCUGGGAGAUGUCUGCCUCUUUGAGCUACUGAGGAACAAGAAGAAGUAUGUGAUGAAUGUCCAUAUCAUUCGCAAAUCCCUUUACAAGAGGUGA